AUGACAGCUUUCAACCUCACCCCCUCUGACCCUUCAACAUUUAUCUUAAUGGGCAUCCCUGGCCUGGAAGAUACUCAUAUGUGGAUUUCCAUCCCAUUCACAAUGAUCUACAUUACCGGCCUUUUGGAAAAUUUCAUGCUUCUAUUUGUUGUAAGCAAAGAGCAGACCCUACACAAGCCAAUGUACCUACUGCUCUGCAUGCUGGCACUCACAGAUAUCACCACGUCUACCUCUGUUGUGCCAAAAGCACUGUGCAUAUUUUGGUUCGAUCUGAAAACCAUUACUGUGCGUGGCUGCCUCACCCAGUCAUUCUUCCUUCCCUUGGUUGCUGUUAUGCACUCAAACAUACUCGUGACAAUGGCCUUUGAUCGCUAUGUUGCCAUAUGUAACCCUCUGAGAUAUACCAUCAUCCUCACCAAAGGACGAGUAGCUAUGCUAGGGCUUCUAGGUUUGAUCAAAUCUGUUCUCUUCGUCCUGCCUCUGCCCUUGCUCCUGACCAGGCUGCCAUUCUGUGCAAACCACAUUAUUCCCCACACACACUGUGAACCUAUAGCUGUGGCAAAGAUAUCGUGUGGGGACAUCAGAGUGAACAGCAUGUAUGGCUUGGUGAUACUCUUUCUAAUCAUCGGGUUAGACCCGAUGCUUAUUGCCCUGUCCUAUGGUCUGAUCAUCAGGGCCGUCCUCAGAAUCUCCUCCAAUGAAGUCCACCAAAAAGCACUCAACACCUGCACAGCCCACAUCUGUGUGAUACUGAUAUACUAUACUCCUGGCUUCUUCUCCAGUCUGGCACACCAUUUUGGUCAGGGCAUCGCUCCCCACGUUCACAUCAUCUUGGGUGACCUCUAUCUCCUCAUCCCUCCCAUGCUCAACCCUAUCAUUUAUGGGAUCAAAACCAAAGAGCUUCGUGACAAAUUGUGCAAAUACACCUGCAGAUGGUGA